AUGCCUAAAGUCUUCUUGGUGAAGAGGAGGAGCCCGGGGGUCUCGGUGCGCAGCUGGGAUGAACUUCCGGAUGAGGAACGAGCAGACACCUACAUCCCAGUGGGCCUGGGCUGCCUGCUCGGAGACCCUCCCGAGGACUGCCGCAGCGACGGCGGCAGCAGCAGCAGCAGCAGCAGCAGCGGCAGCAGCGGCGGCGGCGGCGGGAGCAGCAGCGCCGGGGAGCCCGCAGGCGCCGAGAGCAGCUCGUUCCCGCACGCCCCGGAGCCCGGCGACGCCGAGGGCCUCGAUGGACACCUGGCGGCGAAGCAGCACCCGGUUGCCAGGUCGAAAAUCAAGUUCACCACGGGCACGUGCGAGGACGCGGUACUCCACAGCUGUGACCUCUGCGGCAAGAGUUUCCGCCUGCAGCGCAUGCUCACCCGUCACCUCAAGUGCCACAACCAGGUGAAGCGGCACCUGUGCUCCUUCUGCGGCAAGGGCUUCAACGACACCUUCGACCUGAAGAGGCACGUGCGCACACACACAGGGAUCCGCCCCUACAAGUGUGAGGUCUGCCACAAGGCCUUCACGCAGCGCUGCUCCCUGGAGUCGCACCUGAAGAAGAUCCACGGCGUGCAACAGCAGUACGCCUACAAGCAGCGCCGCGACAAGCUCUACGUGUGCGAGGACUGUGGCUACACGGGGCCUACCCAGGAGGACCUGUACCUGCACGUGAACAGUGCCCACCCAGGCAGCGCGUUCCUCAAAAAGACCUCCAAAAAACUGGCAGCCAUUUUACAGAGCAAGCUGGCACCCACACACCAGGAGAGCACCAGCUUGAGUGAGGAGGAAGAGAAGAAGUGA